AUGGAUGAGGUAGGUCCUCAAGUCGCUGGUCCGAUUUCAAUUCACAAUCCUAUGGGGAGAAAAAGAGAUCUUUAUUACCAGAAGUCGAAUCUCCAGCCGCACUGGCUUGUCCAAUCUCAGACGCAGACGACAAGGAAUGACUGGAAUCCCAACAUGUGGGAAUGGGAUAGUCAGAGAUUUGAAGCUAAACCUGUAGAAGCUGAGGCUCUCCGGCUCGGAAACGGCACGCAGUUUGAUGUCAAUGCGAGGAUUGAUGUUAAUAAUGACAAUAACAAUGGUGGUUUGAGUUAUCAGGGAGAAGAAAGAGGUCUUGAUUUGAAUCUGAGUAGUGGUUUUAAUGCUAUGGAGGAAGAAACACCGCCGGUUGUAACUAGACCAAGCAAGAGGGUUAGGUCGGGAUCUCCGGGAAAUGGCGGUGGAAACUACCCGAAAUGUCAGGUGGAUAAUUGUAAAGAAGAUCUAUCAGUUGCUAAGGAUUAUCAUAGAAGACAUAAAGUGUGUGAGGUUCAUAGUAAAGCUACCAAAGCUCUUGUUGGGAAACAGAUGCAGAGGUUUUGCCAACAGUGUAGCAGGUUUCAUCUUCUUUCUGAGUUUGAUGAGGGAAAGAGAAGUUGUAGGCGUAGAUUGGCUGGCCAUAAUAGGCGGAGGAGGAAAACGCAGCCCGAGGAGAUUACUUCUCCGGUUGUAGCUCCGGGGAAUUGUGAUAAUACCUCUAAUAACGCAAAUAUGGAUAUUAUGGCUCUGUUAACAGCUUUAGCUUGUGCACAAGGUACUAAUGGGUCUACGGCAGUGCCUCAAAGAGAGCAACUUCUUCAGAUACUUAACAAGAUCAAUGCAUUACCUUUGCCUAUGGAUCUUGUCUCGAAGUUGAACAAUAUCGGGAUUUUAGCCAGGAAAAAUCUGGAUCAACCUUCGGAAAUGAACUCACAAAAUGAUACAAAAGGGGCUUCUUCUCCGUCUACCAUGGACUUACUUGCUGUUCUCUCGACAACUUUAGGUUCAUCUGCACCUGAGGCCAUAGCUUUUUUAUCUCAAGGAGGGUUUGGUAACAAAGAUAGCAACGAUAAGACUAAAUUAACUUCUCCCGAACACGCCACUACAAUCAAUUUAGAAAAGAGAACUUUGGAUUUUCCUUCGUUUGGGGGAGGAGAGAGAACCAGCAGCAGUAACCUGUCUCCUUCUCAGGAUUCAGAUUCACGCGCUCAGGACACUAGAUCGAGCUUAUCUCUACAACUAUUCACCUCUUCACCAGAGGAUGAGAGUCAACCAACAGUUGCAUCUUCAAGAAAGUAUUAUUCUUCUGCGAGCAGUAACCCUGUUGAGGAUAGAUCGCCAUCCUCAUCUCCUGUCAUGCAGGAGUUGUUCCCGCUGCAGACAUCUCCUGAAACCAUGAGAUCUAACAAUUGUAAAAACACUAGUCCCAGUCCUAGGGUUAGUUGUUUGCCCCUAGAGCUUUUUGGUGCAUCAAGCAGAGGAGCUGCUGCAAAUCCUAGUGUUAAAGCUUCUAUGCAUCAAUCUGGUUAUGCUUCGUCUGGUUCGGAUUAUUCUCCUCCCAGCUUAAACUCUGAUGCUCAGGACCGCACCGGAAAGAUAGUUUUCAAACUACUUGGAAAAGAUCCUAGUCAGCUCCCUGGGACAUUGCGGACGGAGAUUUAUAGCUGGCUUUCUAGCAUUCCAUCAGAAAUGGAGAGUUAUAUCAGGCCUGGCUGUGUUAUUCUAUCUGUUUAUGUGGCAAUGUCUGCUUCUGCUUGGGAACAACUGGAGGAAAACUUGUUGCAGCGGGUUAGUUCUUUGGUUCAAGAUUCAGAAUUUUGGAGCAACACAAGAUUUUUGGUCAAUACAGGCAGGCAGCUCGCAUCAUACAAACAAGGUAGAAUUCGUCUGAGCAAAUCUUGGAGAACUUUGAAUUCACCCGAGCUGAUCACAGUGUCACCGUUGGCUGUUGUAGCCGGUGAAGAAACAACUUUGGUAGUAAGGGGUAGAAGCUUGACUAAUGAUGGAAUUAGUUUUCGUUGCGCACAUAUGGGUAACUAUGCGUCACUGGAGGUAACUGGAACAGCACAUAGGAGAACCAAAUUUGAUGAGUUAAACGUAGAUAGUUUCAAAGUCAAGGGUCCGAGCCCUGGUUCUCUGGGGCGCUGUUUUGUUGAGGUGGAGAAUGGAUUCAGAAGUGACAGUUUCCCUUUGAUAAUUGCCAAUUCCACGAUUUGCAAAGAAUUGAAUCGCCUUGAAGAAGAGUUUCAUCCAAAAGACGUGACAGAAGAACAAAUACACAAUUUAGAUCGUCCAAGGUCAAGAGAAGAAGUUCUUUGCUUCUUGAAUGAGCUUGGAUGGCUGUUUCAGAGGAAAUGGGCCUCUGAGAUUCAUGGAGAAUCUGACUUUUCCCUCCCUCGCUUUAAAUUUCUGCUCGUUUGCUCGGUUGAAAGAGAUUACUGUUCUCUCACAAGAACUCUCCUGGAUAUGAUGGUAGAGAGAAAUUUGGGAAAAGACGGUUUGAUGAACAGGGAGUCCUUGGAUAUGCUGGCUGAGAUUCAGCUAUUGAACCGCACUGUUAAAAGGAGGAACACAAAAAUGGCAGAGACGUUGAUUCAUUAUUCCGUUAAUCAGACUACUAAAAAGUUCAUCUUCUUGCCUAACAUCACGGGGCCUGGCGAUAUCACACCUUUGCAUUUAGCUGCUUCUAUAUCUGGCUCUGAAGAUAUGAUUGAUGUCCUGACUAAUGAUCCACAAGAGAUUGGUUUAUCAUGCUGGAAUUCCCUAAUUGAUGCAAGCGGACAGACUCCAUUUAGCUAUGCUGCGAUGAGGAACAACCACAGUUACAACACCUUGGUGGCUCGUAAACUUGCAGAUAAAAGAAACGGCCAAAUAUCUCUGAACAUCGAGAGAGGGAUUGAUCAGAUUGGUAUGAGUAAAAGACUAAGCUCAGAGCUCAAGAGAUCUUGCAACACAUGUGCAAGUGUGGCUCUAAAGUAUCAGAAGAAGGUUUCGGGUUCACAACGUUUGUUCCCAACUCCUAUCAUCCACUCGAUGCUUGCAGUUGCAACGGUCUGCGUCUGCGUUUGUGUGUUUAUGCACGCUUUCCCAAUCGUCAGACAAGGAUCUCACUUCAGUUGGGGAGGUCUUGAUUAUGGAUCAAUCUAA